AUAUUUGUGACGUGAAUGUAAGUGUUAGUUCUCAUACUGAAAUAGCUUAACAACACAUGUGAGAGUACGACUUCCAUGCCGUUUACAGCAAAAUGAACGAGUAUUUAAUAUUGGUCGUAGUAUCCAGUCUGUGUGCAGUAGCAGCUGCUAGUUGUCCGUUUAAUGAUGAGGAAGAGUGGAAGGAGUUCCAAGUUUCCUGCUAUUACUUCAGUGAAGUAAAGUAUGAUCGGGACACGGCUAGGAACUUCUGUCUCCAACAACGGAAUUGGAGCCACCUGGCAGACAUUUUGACACCAGAAGAAAACGCGUGGAUACACGAGAGACUUAAUGGGCAUAACUAUCCUGAAAACUAUUACAUUGGAGCGACAGACUUGGAAGUCGAGGGUGUAUUCCGCUGGGAUAACACUGGGGAUACUUUCGGGUAUUCAAACUGGGAGGACGGAGAACCUAACCAGUGGCGGGGCGAUCCUGAAAACUGUGUCGAAAUGAAAACUCGGAGUGGUGAAUGGAACGACGUCCCUUGCGACCUACCUAAGCGUUUUAUUUGUAAACGUGCAUCCCUCAGGAAUUUACCGUAAAUUUAAAAGCAUUACGAUGCAUUUCAACUUGAUAAAUGUAUUUUUUUGCCUUAUCUUUAUAAAUAAUGAUGAACAUUUUUAACAUGAAUUAUAGUAUAUUUAUGAUAUUGAUAUAAUAAGUUUUCAUAAUACUCUGUUAACCACCGAAUGUGUGCAACCGAUAGCAAAUAAACAUCGAAAUUAUUGUAGUGUAUCGCUAUUUCUGAUUAGACGAAAUGUUGUCUGCUUGUCUCGUGACAUUGCCACUAUUUAUUACAUAUAAGAUGAAAAAUAAUUCCCCAGCCCCAAACCAGCCACAAAAGAGAUAUAACAUUUCAAAUAGAAAGAAAAUAUUGUUAAACAUGUUGCAUAGAAAAUAUGUAUAUUUUUUUUCAAUAAACAUGUUAACAUAUAUUUCUUUUACACUCAAGAGAAAGCGAAUCAAAAUCAAAGAAAAACAAAAGUCAAUAAUUAUUCAUGGCGUAUGUAUAUGUCAAAAACAGAUGCUGUAAUUGAUAAAGUACAGAAGUUAUACGGAAGGAGAGAAAGAUCACACAAGACAAGAUUAGACUCAUCAGUGUAAUACAGCGCUUGAAACUUU